UUUUACUAACAUUUACUAUUUUAUAUUUCCCUUUAUGUUGCACGCAUUUUUUGGUUCAUGUUCCGUUCAUUGAUCAUUCUUUCAUCGUCUUCAUUUUUUCGAAUAUUUGAAUUUAAUAAUUUAUUCUCUUUCAUUUCCUCAACUAUAUAGUGAUAUUAAACGUUUUCAUAUUGUUUAUAACCCGUAAACAUUAAAUCUUUGUUAUUAUGAACAACUCGCGUAUAAUCAGUAAUUACUCAUAUGAAUCCUAAAGCAAUGAAAGAAAUGUUGGGAAACUGUAGUGUAUGUAGUGAAGAUAAAGCAUUUGAUGAUAACCCUUUAGUAUACUGUGAUGGUCGAAAUUGUAAUGUUGCUGUACAUAAAGCUUGCUAUGGGAUUCGAGUAGUACCGAAAGGAUCGUGGUACUGCAAUAAAUGUGUAGCUCUUAAAAAAAAUCCAAGUGCCAAAGUAAUAUGUGAACUGUGCCCAUCUAAAGAUGGCGCUCUUAAACCAACAGAAAAUGGGAAUUGGGCUCAUGUUGUAUGUGCUUUGUUUAUUCCUGAAGUGACUUUUAUUGAUGUUCAUACAAUGGAACCAAUUAAAUUAAAUGAAAUACCACCUGAUAGAUUUAAAAAAGUUUGCUAUAUUUGUGAAGAAAAGAAUAGAGAACCUAAAGUUUCAAUUUAUGGUGCUUGCAUGACUUGUAAAAAAGGAGGUUGUAAAUUAGGAUUCCAUGUUACUUGUGCGCAAAAUGUUGGAUUGUUGUGCGAAGAAGCAGGAAACCAUGGGCGUAAUGUACAAUAUGUUGGAUAUUGCAAGCACCAUUAUUCAAAACUUAAAAAGAGUAGCAAUAUAAAAAUAAAGCACAUUGCUCCAUAUCGUCCUCAAAAUGCAUCUGAAAUAUCAUUAGAUGAAUUUACUCAUGAAAACAUUGACAAUGAUGGUCAAGCUAAAUCAAAAAAAAGGCUUCCAUCAUUUAAUGCUUAUGAAGAAUCUAAAGAAAAACCACAAAAUACUACUCCAAAUCAUUCUCAAACUUCUACUCGUCAUCCUAAAGGUAAAAUGGAAAGUGUGUCAGUCGGUAGUAUUAAACAGUAUCCUAUUGAUACACAACCUGAGAAAGAAAUAAAAUGCGAAAAUGUUGAUAAUUCGAUGGAUGUUUGUAUGGUCAAUGAUGAAUUACAGUCUGAUGGUUUAAAAAUUAUUGAAGAACCAAAUUUAUCUUGUAUGGAUCCAAAUAUUCCCCCAGUUAACAUGACAAAUACAUGGAUUAAAGAUCCAAACAUGAUGAAUGUAUCCAACUCUAUCACUACCAAAAAUAAAGAUUCAAACGAUCAAAAGUACUUUGAAUCUAGUAUUGAUGCUCCGCAUAUGUUGGGAAAUGCUUUAAAUCCAAAUUCCACCAUGGCUCAACAAAUGACAGAUACAUUAAAUGAAGAAAUCAAGACACAUAAGCAGUUCAAUGAAAAUAAUAUACCAACACAUCGACCACCAUUGCUAAUGGGCCCCCAAUUAUAUCGCCAUGUUCAGAAGCCUCCUGAUGUUCCUCAAUCAAAUGCUUCUGGCCCUGAAUGGUUUACUAAUGGGAUUGGAAAUAGUUCCCAAAGUUUAGAAGAUCUACUUGAACGGCAAUGGGAACAAGGUGGAUCAUUAUUAAUGGAACAAGCACAACAUUUUGAUGUAGCAUCAUUAUUAUCAUGUUUGUAUCAGUUGAAAAAUGAAAAUAUUGACUUAGAAAAAGAAUUGGCUACAUUUACUAGACGUAGAGACCAUUUAUUGGCUGUAAAUGCUAGACUAGCUAUUCCAUUGGUUCCUCAAAAUCGGACAAAUCAAGUUGCACCAACCCCUCCAAAUCAUGUUGAAACAUCAUUACCUCCGAGAUCCAACUAUUUACCAUCUAUGGAUAAUCAGAUUCUACAGCAACAACACAGGUAUCAUCAAAAUUAUGCAAUACCUUCUUCCAGACAUCCUCAGCAACACCAACGCUAUUCACCUAAUCUUGCAGCUCAAUCACAAGUUAUUGUUAGAGGAGGAGGUAUUGGGCAUGACUCAUGGAAUCAACAUAAUAGAAAUCAUAACCAAACAUCAAAUCCAAUAUAUCAAACAAUGCAAGAAACACCAAACAUACCAACGUCCAGACAUCAAAUAGGCAUGGACAAUUUACCUAAGCAAAGCUGAGAUCAUGAUAAAUGUCUAUGUACAGACUGUAUAUCGACAAUGACCGAUUAUUUGUUAAAGUAUUUUCCCUAGUCUUAAGAUGGAAUAAAUAUUUCUUUAAUUUGUAACUCAAAUAAUUGUGUUCAUUGAUUUGUAUUAUUAUUAAUAAUUAACUUAUGUUAAAUUUGUAAUUAU